AUGGAGCUGCACCAUUCGCUUCACUCGCACAUUAUAGGAAAAGGUGGUCGCGGAAUUCAGCGCAUCAUGAAACUCACCUCAUGCCAUAUUCAUUUUCCGGACUCGAAUAAAUACUCGGAUGCUAAUAAAAGCGACCAGGUUUCGAUAUCGGGCGCGCCGAUGAAUGUAUUUGCAGCUCAGAAGCAUCUAAGGGCAACAUGCCCUAUUAAUAUUUAUAUGGACCUUCCUUGGUUUAACCCGGGCGGUCCUGAUAUGAGAUAUCUUGGGACGCAAUUCGAAGUUGCUAUUCUCAGCGUUGAGGCCAAUGUGUAUUCGAUGGUACUUAAAAUCUCGACAGAGCACGACACGAAUAUCUUGUUUGCUGUCCGAUUCAUUCUGAAUCAUUUCGGAUUGAAGGAGGAAUUUGUGAAUGUUCGCAUCGACGUCACCGCGAAAGAUGAGGUCGUAGCGCUUCUCGAGCAGAAUGAGGAUCAUCGGAAUAGUGUCCAGGAUAUGUGUGCGCAGCUCGGCGUCACGAUGCACACUUUCCAGAUAUCGCAAUACAUCAGCUUGUUUGGACCGCCGAUCAAUGUGCUAACAAUUCGAAAAUAUAUUAUUAGUCUUUCAACGAUCUAUGUCACGUUUGACGCGCAACUCGCCGAAAUUCUGCAUCCGGUGAAUUGUGUCGAGACCGAAAUGGACUUGCAGAUUGUCAGCAAGAAGAAGAGCGGCGAGAUUUAUACGAUUAGCAUUAAAUCGAUUGAAAGGCGGAUUAUUGAUGCGUUUCGCGCGAGGGAGAUUCUCCUCGGAUUGCCGCCGACGAUGUUCGACGAGUCCAACGAUCUCGAGCCGUCGUCGUUCACAAGUCUCCCGCCGCCGCCGCCGUUGCAAUUCUCGAUUUUCGACAAUCCGCCGCGUUCGACGUCGAGCACCGAGAACAUUCGAAUGUUUUUGACGCCGCCGAUCGAGAGUCCGAAAUCGCCGGAUCCCGAGGACUCGCCGCUUGCCGCAUCGAUUUUGAAAGGCGCAAAAGAAAUUACACCGGACCUUUGGAAUAAGAAGAAGACGAAGCCGGACCGAAGCGAAAUGCUCAUCAAAGCGACUCAAGUGAUAUUUGACGAUACAAUUCUGACAAACUCGACGCCAAGAUAUCCGACGGAUCUAUGGUCGGGCUAUGGAUUCAGCUGCUCGCUUCCGGCGGAUCUUCUCAAAGGCAUGAUGAAUCUGUCGACGGAUGAUGAAACGGCAAGAGCAUCUCGCGAUUCGGAUCCGCCGUCGACGCGUAGCGCGCUUUGCAGUGUUCAAGAAGAAGACGAGCUCUCCGAUUUUUCGAUAUCAUCGCCGAAUAAUUGCUCGAGAAUUAUUGAAAAGAAGCCGAAAAAUAUUUUCUCCGCUUCCACGUCGGCGUUUGAAUCCCCAACUCUUCCAUAUGAGCUUCAAUGGGAUAUUAAUUAUUUCACGGAUCCCUCGAUGGUUCUUGCGCAAAUUGGCUGUAGCGAAUACAUGACGCAGCUAAGGGAUCAGGAGAUUGAUAUGCACGCGUUUCUACUGCUCGAUGAGCAAAAUCUCAAAGAUAUUGGGGUGUCGACGAUUGGGGCACGCAAAAAAAUCCAUCACGCGAUUUUGAAACUGCGCGAAUCGGCGAGACAAAAUGGGUAUUCGAUUUGA